AUGGGCUACAAUGUGAAGCGAGUGUUGGUGGAUCAAGGUACGUUAGUUGGUUUUGCAGGUGAUCAGGUAACGGCCAGGGGAUACGCCGACUUGGAUACUACUUUCGGUUGGGGAGACCACAUGAAGACUAUCACUGUCCGAUACCUGGUGGUGAAUGCCCAAUCAUCUUACAGCAUACUGGACGACCGUCCUACACUAAACCGGUUGGGAGCGGUCGUCUCCACCCCUCACUUGAAGCUGAAGUAUCCCUUGCCCAAUGGACGGGUCGGGGUCCUCUACGUCGAUCAAGAAGUCGCGAGGAAAUGCUAUGAGGAUAGUUUGAAAGCUAGGAGGCACUUAUAUGUAACGCAUGUUGAUUGGGGUGUCCAGUCAAUCGAAUUGGAUCCGAGGAUAAUUCAUUUUGACUCCCGACCAGCCCCAGCGGAGGACGUGAAGGAGGUUACCUUGUCCGAAGGGAAAACGGUCAAACUUGGUGUAUCUUUGACCAAAGAAAACGAGGAGGGGCUGCUCGCUGUGCUGAAAAACAACGUGUCGGCCUUUGCAUGGAGUGCCGGCGACAUGCCCGGUAUUGACCCCGACUUCCUAUGCCACCAUCUCAUGGUGGAUCCCAAGGCGAAGCCAGUGACCCAAAAAAGGCGAAAGUUUGGCGAGGAUAAAAGGAAAGCUAUAGCGGAAGAGACUAGGAAGCUGCUGUCGGCGGGACACGUUCGGGAAAUCCAAUACCCGACGUGGCUAGCGAAUGUGGUGAUGGUGCGAAAGAGCAAUGGAAGCUGGAGGAUGUGCACCGACUUCACGGACUUGAACAAAGCCUGCCCAAAAGAUUCGUACCCGCUACCUAACAUCGAUUGCCUAGUCGACAACGCAUCAGGCUAUGAGCUGUUGAGCUUCAUGGACGCGUACUCGGGGUACAAUCAGAUCAGGAUGCAUCACGCCGAUGAAGACAAAACUGCGUUUAUAGCUGAUCAGGCCACCUACUGUUAUAAGGUCAUGCCUUUCGGUCUAAAAAAUGCAGGGGCGACAUACCAGAGGCUCAUGGACAAGGUGUUGGCAGAUCAGUUAGGAAGGAAUGUCGAAGCGUACGUAGACGACAUGGUCGUCAAAUCACCAAGUGUGUGGUACCAACUUAAGUUGAACCCUGCGAAGUGCUCAUUUGGCAUCCAAGCUGGAAAAUUCCUCGGCUUCUUAUUGACUCAUAGAGGCAUUGAGGCGAACCCGGACAAGUGCUCCGCAAUAAUCAAUAUGAGAAGUCCCGUGACGGUGAAGGAAGUCCAACAGUUGACAGGGAGAAUGGCCUCCUUCUCUCAUUUUCUUUCGAAGGCAGCGGACAAGUCCUUACCCUUGUUCCAAUGUUUGAGAAAGAACGACCGCUUCGCAUGGACUGAUGAAUGUGAAAGAGCAUUCGGCGAACUCAAGCAGGCCCUCACCUCGCCGCCGAUCCUCACUAAACCACAAGCUGACUCCCCUUUGUUGUUAUAUUUGUCAGCAUCCGAUACCGCCGUCAGCGCAGUCGUGGUGCGAGAGAGAGGUAACUCCCAACUGCCGAUCUAUUUUGUUAGUAGGGUGUUGCAAGGGACAGAGGUUCGCUAUCAAAAGAUUGAGAAGUUGACACUUACCAUAGUGAUAACCGCGCGAAAGCUCAGACACUACUUCCAGAGUUACGAAAUGGUAAUCCGAACAGACUACCCCAUCAGACAGGUGUUGCAAAAGCCCGACCUUGCCGGUAGAAUGAUGAAGUGGUCCAUCGAGUUGUCAGAGUUUGCAAUCAAGUACGAACCGAGAGGAGCCAUUAAGGCUCAAGUGCUGGCCGACUUCUUGGUCGAGUUGACCCCACCAGCCGAGGGGGAUCCUUCUGGGGAAAGUGACUGGAUUCUAUUGGUCGACGGAGCUUCCAACCUAGGUGGCAACGGGGCCGGGAUCGUCCUUGAGGGACCAGGAGGCAUACUUUUGGAACAGUCGCUACGCUUUGAGUUUCGAGCUAGCAACAAUCAGGCAGAGUAUGAAGCUCUGUUGGCAGGGAUGACCUUGGCAAAGGAGAUGGGUGCGACAAGCCUGUCGGCCAGGAGUGACUCACAGCUUGUGACGGGGCAGGUGGCAAGAACCUUCCAAGCCAAAGAUCCUCAAUUGGCUCGGUACCUUGAAAGAGUAAGGGUCGUGUCGGCUGGCUUUACCAAAUUUUCGCUAAAUCAUGUCCCCAGGGAGCAAAACUCACGAGCCGAUCUCUUGUCAAAGCUUGCAAGCACAAAGAAGCCAGGGGCUACUCGGUCGGUCAUCCAAGAGACGCUAACACAGCCGAGUAUAAAUGACGCGCAAGUGAACGUCCUUUUCAUCCAGGAAGAGCUAAAUUCGUGGAUGGGACCGUACAUUGCGUAUCUGACCUAG